UUGCGGAUGUGGGACUGGCUUACCAGCAGUACAAACAGCACAAAAAUGGCCGGCCAAAGUGCAGCAGCUAAGCUAAGCUUUAAGAUUCUUGGCUGGUGCAUGAUAGUUUUCGGAGGACUUUGUGGAGUGCUUGCAUUGAUCUUUACAGUCGUCAAGAACCCACGCACGGCCUUCAAAAAGACUCCAAGAGAUGUUCCCCCUAAGUGCCUGCAGGACUCGUCUCUGGGUAGUCACGAGUACGUGAGAGCCAAUGGGAUCAAGUUUCACUAUGUCUGCGCUGGGGACAAGUCCAAACCUCUCAUGCUCUUCCUGCAUGGCUUCCCAGAGUUUUGGUUCUCAUGGCGAUACCAGAUGAAUGAGUUCAGCAAGGACUUCAGAGUGGUGGCCAUCGACAUGAGAGGCUACGGAGAGACGGAGAGACCACCUAACAAGUUGGACUACACCUUCAGCAAGCUCAAACAAGACAUUGUCGAGCUCGUCCCAGCACUGGGCUACUCCAAGUGUACACUAGUGUCACAUGACUGGGGAGGUGUGGUUGCAUGGCGCGUGUUGUCCAGAUAUCCCGAGCUUAUUGAGAGAUUCAUCGUCAUGAAUUGCCCCCAUCCAAAAGUGUAUGCGAUGAAGCUGGCCAAAGACUGGAAGCAACUGUUCAUGUCGUGGUACAUCUUCAUGUUCCAAAUACCCAAAUUGCCGGAGCUAAUAAUAAGCAUGAAUGACUUCGAGACCAUGAAGGGAAUGUUUAUUAAUGGUACUAAGAAUCCGGACAACUUUCCUCCGGAGGUUUUGAAGGCUUACUUGUACACCUUCGCCCAACCAGGUGCUCUCACGGCCGCCAUUAACUACUACCGCUGCAUGUUCAAGACCGAAAAGAGUAAGGCCACUGACACCACCCCUCCCCCUAAGAAGAUUGAGGUGCCCUGUCUAGUCAUUUGGGGCGAUGAUGACACUGCUCUGAGCCACGACAUGGCUGACAUGCACGAGGCGGUUGUUGCCAACCUCACGGUGAAGCACAUCCCAAAUUGUAGUCACUGGGUACAGCAGGAUGCCCCCGAAACUGUCAAUCAGUACAUGAGUGAGUUCCUGGCUGACUCGAUUGCCUCAAGGUGAUUGGUGAUUGACACACACUGCUGAUUUUGUGUGUAGUGUUGCUACUUUUGUAGAGCUAUAGUCAGUGUUAGUGGCGCAUGAACUUCAAUAGUGAUUUAUCUAUAACUAUUUGUGAUGUUGUUGCCUUAGUUACCACUGCAAAGAUCAACAUUCCUGUGCUAUGUACAUGUAUUUGCAUUUUACAAUUUUACACAAGA